CAUUUUUAGAAUUUACGUCAAGGACGCACAUCACACACGUGUGCAUUUUGCACAAUAUGCGAUGUUAGGGAGAACUGCGCUGCUUUUGACGAGAAAACGAGGCGUGGUUUUUAACGGCUUACUCACAAAAUACCUGUCUUCUGGGAAAAUGGCUGGAUUAGGAGAAAAGAUGGAGCAGUUGUACAUCUCGGAGAAAGGAAACGAUGAGUCGGGAGAUGGAACACAGCAAAAACCACUCAAGACACUUCUUAAGGCGAUGCAAUUUGCUGGUGGUGAACCCUUCCCCAAAUUCUUGUGCGAUGCAAAGGAAAAAGACAAGCAAUGGGAAGAGGUGUCCCAAGCUCAGCGCAAGAAAGUCUUCAAGCUUUUCCAGCGAGAUCAGAAGAAGAACGAUGAGAAGGAAAAGAGAGAGUCCCCCGUCCGACAACGUGCAAACAAAAGGAGUCGGCCUUGCACAAGCGAUCAGACCUCAAGUGCUGCUUCCUGUGAGAGUACGUCUGGAACAACUCCCGUGAAGAUGAAGCGAAGAGGACUGUCCAUGGAAACAAAGAUGGACAUCAUCACGGCGGUGGACUCUGGAUACAAAAAGGCCGAUGUGGGGCGAGAGUACGGCAUUGUGGCAAGCACCCUAUCAACAAUCCUGAAAUGCAGAACAGAAAUCAUGCAAAACCUAGAAACCUCCAAGUAUGAACCCUCACGAAAAAGAUUCCGUAAAUCCACUCAUAAUGACGUCGAGGAGGCCCUGCUGCAAUGGGUUCGGGAAGCCCAGGCUAAGAAUAUCCCCAUGAAUGGACCUGCGCUUCGCAAGAAGGCCAAUCAACUGGCCACAAAGAUGGGCUACGAGAACUUCUCAGCAAGUACAGGCUGGUUGUGCCGCUUCCAAAAGCGACACAUCAUCAAGUUCAAUCAGUCCAAUGUUGGAAGACCUGCGAAGGAAAAGGUACCGUCUCGCACAAGUGAUCAAAGCUCUAUUAAUUCUUCUGUCGAGAAAACAUCCACAGCAAAGAGCAAGUCCCAUGUUGAAAGACCUGCGAACCAAAAGGAGCCGUCUAGCACAAGCGAUCAUACCUCUAUUGAUUCUCCUGUCGAGAAAACAUCCGCAGCGAAGAGCAAGUCCCAUGCUGAAAGACCUGCAAACGAAAAGGAGACAUCUCGCACAAGCGAUCAUACCUCUAUUGAUUCUCCCGUCAAGGAAGCGUCCGCAGCAAAGAGCAAGUCCCAUACUGAAAGACCUGCAAACGAAAAGGAGCCGUCUCGCACAAGCGAUCAUACCUCUAUUGAUCCUUCUGUUGAGGAAGUGCCGGCAGCGAAGAGCAAAAGAAAGGGACUCUCAACAGCGACGAAGAUGGAAAUUAUCAAAGCUGUCGACUCCGGCCGUAAGAGAGCAGACGUCGGACGACAGUACGGAAUUGUCGCAAGCACGCUGUCGACAAUCUUAAAGAACAGAGCAGACAUCACUGAGAACUUUGCAACCUCCAAAUUUGAACCCUCGAGAAAACGAUUCCGCAAACCUGAUCAGGAUGAUGUUGAGGAGAUGCUGCUGAAUUGGUUCCGGAAGGCCUCCGCUAAAAAUCUCCCCAUUAAUGGGCCGAUUCUCCAGAAAACGGCAGAACAGCUGGCUAGAAUGAUGGGCCAUGACAACUUCUCAGCAAAUACAGCAUGGGUUUCGCGCUUCAAGAACCGACACAACAUCAGGUUCAAACAGGCUGAAGAUCGUGAAAGAAGAGAGAAAAAUCUUGAGGAAGCCAAGAAGACGGUCAUCGAAGAGGAUCCUAGUCUGCCCAAGGCCAAGAGGAUUCUGAUCAAGGAAGGAACUGCAAACCGCGACCAGCGGGUGAAAGUGCAAGGCUGGGUGCAUCGUCUACGCAGACAAGGCAAGAAUCUGAUGUUUAUCGUGUUGCGAGAUGGGACCGGACUCAUCCAAUGUGUACUGAAUGACAAACUGUGUCAGACAUACAACGCUCUCAUCUUGUCGACAGAGAGUACUGUAUCACUGUAUGGUGUCAUCAAGGUUCUCCCAGAGGGCAAGACGGCACCAGGAGGCCAUGAGUUAUCCUGUGAUUACUGGGAGCUGAUUGGUGCAGCUCCAGCGGGUGGGGCUGAUAAUCUCGUCAACGAGGAGUCCCACAUUGAUGUUCAGUUGGACCAGCGGCACAUGAUGAUGAGAGGCGAAACGCUUUCAAAGAUUAUGAGAGUCAGGUCCACUGUGGCUCAGUGUUUCCGCGAACACUAUUUCAACAGUGGUUACAUUGAGGUUUGCCCACCCACCAUGGUCCAAACUCAAUGCGAAGGUGGGGCCACUCUCUUCAAGUUUGACUUCUUUGGUGAACAGGCCUACCUGACUCAAUCCUCUCAGCUCUACUUAGAGACUGCUCUACCAUCGCUAGGUGACGUCUUCUGCAUCUCUCAGUCCUACCGUGCCGAGUUGUCCCGCACCAGGCGCCAUGUAGCAGAGUAUACCCACAUUGAGGCGGAAUGUCCCUUCAUCACCUUUGAUGAUUUACUCACUCGAUUGGAGGAUCUUAUCUGUGACACUGUGGACAAAGCCCUGGCUUCCCCAAUUGGACCUCUCAUCAUGGAAUUCAACCCGGAUUUCAAGCCUCCCAAGCGUCCGUUCAGGCGGAUGGAUUACAGCGAAGCCAUCACGUACCUUAAAGAACACGACAUCCGAAAAGAUGACGGAACAUUCUAUGAAUUUGGAGAGGAUAUCCCCGAGGCUCCUGAAAGGAAGAUGACGGACCAAAUUAAUGAGCCCAUCUUACUCUGUCGAUUCCCAGCAGAGAUUAAAUCCUUCUACAUGCAGCGAUGUCCAGAGGACCGUAGGCUGACGGAAUCUGUUGACGUUCUGAUGCCCAACGUCGGGGAGAUCGUUGGCGGAUCUAUGAGGAUCUGGGAUUACGAUGAGCUGAUGGCGGCGUAUAAGUCAGCCAAGAUUGAUCCCACACCAUAUUACUGGUACACGGACCAGAGGAAGUACGGUACCUGUCCUCACGGAGGCUACGGUCUUGGACUGGAACGAUUCUUGACCUGGAUCCUAAACCGCAUGCAUAUCAGGGACGUCUGCUUCUACCCACGUUUCAUAGAACGAUGCACGCCAUAGAUGCGUCAACACGUCGCCUUCAAUUCCUGAUUCUAAGCAUUGCUUAUUUGUGUGGGAAGUAAGGAGUAGUUGAUAAAGGGCGGGGCUAAGUUGGUCAAGAGGGGGUGAUUGUGUGCCCUUAGACCAAAUUCCUAGAGAUAAUUUUGCCAUUGUAUUGUAGUGUAUUUCUUCAAGGUGAAGUGUUAAACUUUCUUCAAAGAUCGCUCUUUUAGUUUCAAGUAUUUUUUUUUACCAAAACUCAUUACAAAUUGCAGUAUUGCAGUUUUAAAUUUUCUUCAAAGCUCGCUCUUUUAGAUUCAAGUCAUUUUGUUUUUUGACCAAAACUCAACAAAUUGCAAAGGGUUAACCUUACGUUUUUUAUGAAAUUUUUGCCAAAACAGGACUUGCCCCCAAAUGACUCAGAAAUGCCCUACAAUGUAAGACGAGUUUCAAUCAAUGUUCAAAAAACUAUUAUUAUGAAGGUUUGAGCAAAAAUUACUGGUUUAUUGAUUGGGGAAAAAAAAAUCAUAUUUUGUGACCACGAUUUCCCCUACAUUUUUGACGCGAUUAUCUGUUGAAUGGAAUAUCUGACCAGAAAUCGUGUUGGAAUUUGGUCUCAAGUUCUUUAGGCAAAAAAAAAAGCCUCCGGUUUCUGGUAUGCGCUCGCGUGUCAUCGUAGCCAUGCGCAUUGGCAAAAUUAGUAUAAAUUUUCAUUGUAAGAUGUUGUCUCAAAACCGCCAAACUCACUGGUUUGAAUCCUGCUGCUGCACAAUUUUAACGUGUUUUUAGAUGGGGUUACGAUCAAGUAUAAACUUUUUGUUGCCCAUUUGCGCUCACAUAUAUUUUGCACUAAAUUUAAUCGGGCACCAUUUGCAGUCAUCAGCCGACAUUUGGAAAAAAAACUAGUAAAAAUUUUAAAAUGCUGCGUUGCUGCACCAAUUUGGGGGCAAGAAACCGAAGACUUAUUUUUUUGGCCUUGCCCUUAGGCAAUUUUCCUGCAAGUUUAAAGCAAGCUCAUUUUUUUUGCCAGAAUUAAAAAGAAUACAUUUUAAAUAAAAUUUUCCCAAAAGAUGAUUUCUCAAAACAAUAUUCCAUUCUUUGAACUUUAUCAUGUUUUCUUAAGAAAUUCCUUCUAAAAUAUUCUCAAUAACAUGUACUUGUAAUCAAAUACUGAAUAGUUACUCUAAUUUCUCAUUCAUGUGUCAAAUAUUAUCAUGUAUCACUUCAAGUAUCUUUCUUUCCUUUCAACUGGGUAUGUAACUGUCUAAAACAAAAAUAUUUGAAUGCAAAACAUGUUUUUUUCAUAAAGAAAAGAAAAUUAUGUCACAUUUUUGUUUAAAUUGUCCGUUAUCCCCACUGAUAAAAAUCCAUGUUCAAAGCUUUUGAGGAGAUAUAUUCUUUUUUCUUUUCAGAACUCAGAAUUUACAUUCUUGAAUUGGUUUUUCAAAAAUGUCAUAUCUAUCACAAGCCCACAAUUUAUUGUUCCAUUUUGCACUCUUCAACUAUACUUCAAAUAUACAGUAGACGAGAACUCUAUUUAAAUAUACUUGCCAUCCCUCUUGUUUUUAAAUUGCAAAACUUAGACGUUAUUGCCCUCUUUAAUAUAAAUGGAUCUGCUCAAAGUAUGUACAAGUAUGUUUAAUCAAAGUUACGAAAGGAAAUUUGAACUGCAUGUGACAGUACAAUUUUUUGUAAACAUUGUUUCAAUUUGUCUAACAAAUAUUGGUGUCAAAAUUCACGCUCUUGUUUUUGGAAAUGAUUGCAUUUUUUUCAAUGAUUGUCACAAGGUCAACACUGGAUUUGUUUGUCUUGUUUUAUUUCUUCCUAUAAUUAAAAUGAUUUUCUAGUUUAAGGUUUUUCGAAUGAAUGGAUUUAAUAAAAUUGCAAAGUGCAACAACUAAGCUCUA